UUCACUUUAACAAAACGAUAAACACAAGAUGCCACGUCUCUGUGGUAGGAGAAAACGUUUAGAUUGGAAAAUCCUGACAGUGCUGGCACUGGUCAUUGUGACGUCAUAUUUCUAUUACAGCUUCUCCAAAAUCUCCGUGAACGAUGAAGAAAUUCUGAAGGUCAGGAGGAAAAGAUUCGUGGAAUACCGCGCCAAGGAGGAUAAACGUAAGGGUCCGGGGGAGAAAGGGCGGGCGGUGAUUCUGGAGGGAGAGGAGAAGACAUUAGCAGAUUCUCUGUUUAAAAAAGAAGCGUUUAAUAUUAUAGCGAGUGAUAAGAUUGCAUUAGACAGAUCUAUACCCGACGUUAGGGACUCAAGGUGUCACAGUGUGAGAUACCCUCGGGACCUACCCACAGCUAGUGUUGUCAUCAUCUUCCAUAAUGAGGCCUGGUCCCCUUUACUCCGAACAGCUCACAGUGUGGUCAAUCGGUCACCUCCAGAGUAUCUACAUGAGGUCAUCUUAUUGGACGAUUACUCGGACAGACCUGAACUUGGCAGUAAGCUGAGGGAGUAUGUAGCCCACACCUGGCCUGAUGGGAUUGUGAAGAUCAUCCGUACGACGGAGCGUAGUGGACUGAUCCGAGCUCGUCUAGCGGGGGCCAAAGCUGCUACGGGGGACGUGCUGAUUUUCCUGGAUUCGCACUGUGAAGCGGGCCCUGGAUGGCUAGAGCCGCUAUUGGCUCGAAUCAAAGAGGAUCACACAGCCGUCCUGUGUCCGGAGAUUGAUCUCAUCGACAAGAACACGCUCCAGUACGGUGGGACGGGGUCGUUCUCCGUGGGAGGGUUUUGGUGGUCCCUCCACUUCUCCUGGAGACCGAUUCCGAAGCAUGAGCAAGAUCGACGGUCUUCGGCCAUAGCACCCAUUAGAUCACCCACAAUGGCGGGAGGCCUGUUUGCUGCGGACAGGAAGUAUUUCUUUGAAAUCGGAGCCUAUGACCCCGGAAUGGAUGUUUGGGGCGGCGAAAAUCUGGAAAUUUCAUUCAGGACGUGGAUGUGCGGUGGAAAAUUAGAAUUUAUUCCUUGUUCCAGAGUGGGUCACAUCUUCAGAGCAAGUCAUCCAUAUACAUUUCCAGGCAAUAAGGACACACAUGGUAUAAAUUCUAUGAGACUGGCGGAAGUCUGGAUGGAUGAAUAUAAAAGGCUGUUUUAUACUCACAGAAAAGACUUACUGGGUCAGGAUUACGGAGAUAUUUCUGAACGUGUUGAACUCAGAAAGAGGCUGAAAUGUAAGAGCUUCAAGUGGUACCUGGACAAUGUGUACCCAGAAAAAUUUAUACCCGACGAGAAUGUCCACGCCUGGGGAAUGGUGAGAAAUCCAUCCAGUAACCUUUGUCUGGACACCUUACAAAAGGACGAGAAGACGGUGUUUGAUAUGGGGUUGUACAGCUGUCAGAAUGGAGCUAGUGCUAAUGAGGUUUUUUCUUUGAGCAUAAAUGAUGAGCUCCGGCGAGAAGAGGCCUGUCUGAGUGUUAUAUCAGAGGGAGGUCAUGUGCCAUUGGAACCCUGUACAGGGUCAGCCAAUCAGAAAUGGAAACAUGAUAAGGACAAGAUGAUAAUAACAGGGACUUCUUCUAGUGGCGAUGUUUUGUGUCUGGAUAAAAAAGACGCAAAGAACAAUGGCCUGGUGUUCACAGAGAAGUGUAAUGACAAAGACUCUCAGAAGUGGACAUUUGAACAUUAUCUAGAUAAUGCAUAGGGAUAAAUCCAGAUAAUUAGAGAUAAUUAUUUUAUGUUUGAAAAUAUGUAGAUAAUGUAUAGGGUUAAAUCCAAUAUUACCUAGAUAAUGCAUAGGGUUAAAUCUAGAUAAUUAUCAUAUGUUUGAAAAUUAUCUAGAUAAUGUAUAGGGUUAAAUCCAUCAUAAUCUGGAUAAUGCAUAGGGUUAAAACCAUCAUAAUCUGGAUAAUACAUAGGGUUAAAUCCAACAUUAUCUGGAUAAGCAUAGGGUUAAAUCCAGAUAAUUAUGAAUUAUCUUUUGUUACAGUAUGAAUAUUAUCAAAUGAUGCACAAGGUUAAAUCAAGAUAAUUAUAAUUUAUCUUAUGUUUGAACAUUAUCUACUUAAUCCAUAAGGUAAAAUCCAAAUAAUUAUAAAUUAUAGUAGCGUAACUCUUUUUUAAACAUUAUCUAGACAAUGCUUUAAGUUCAGUAUAGAUAACUCUACUUGUAUUAUGAUUCAGUGUUAUUUAGGCAAUGCAUAUGGUUAAUGGUAAUGGAAAGAAGUAUCAAUAAUUUUGACAAAAGAUAAUUUCUAGAAUUAAUGCUUAAUAAUUAUAUCAGAUAUUGGAAAUAUUUACAGAAAAGGCUUUAGGUAAUUAAGUAUAUAAUAUUUUACAUUAAAAUUUUUUACAUUAAAUCUGGAAAAUAAAUGGAAAAAGUUCAUAUAAAUUUAGGCAAUACAUGUAUAUCUAGCAAAAACAGAAUUCUAGAUAAUUAUCAAAUAUGUAAACAAAAGAGUUAUUAGACUUAUUUUGAUAACCAGCUUUUGGCUAUAACAAUAAAACAGAGAAGUCUGUAUAACUUCCAUCUGUGUGAUAAAUUGUAAGUCAAGUUUAAUGUGAUGUCCAGGACUAAGUUGCUCAAAAAAAAAAAACUAUUAAACUUUUCCACAGGUUAAGCUAGCAAUUGGUCAAAUUUGAUAACCAAUGGGUAGCUGCAUGUAAGGGAACCAACGGAUAAAUUUCUAGCAACAAAAUUUAACCAAUGCUUAAAAGUUUUCCACUGGAUUGGGGAAUUAACGAGUGAUUAAUACUGACCAAGAUUUUGAGCAACCCAGUGAAUGUUGUAAUUUCAGAUUUAGGAGUAAGUCAAUUGAACAGAUGCUAAAAUAUUUACUCGCCAUUGAGUGUUGAAUGAGAUCACCUUUCUCGCAAGUUCUAUCGCCCUCAUUAGUGCAUAGCCAUCAAGUAUUAGAUGAUAUAUACAUACAACUUGAACUAUUUCAAGAUAAUUUUAUGUGGUUUAUGUCUUACAUAAAUAAGUUUUAGGCAUUAAUCAUUAUACUGGAGCUGUUUGGGGAAAACUGCUGAUUUUCCGCAUUGCCUGUUAAACAUUUUAUUAUGAUAGUUUUGCAGUGUGAAGUUACAUGUAGAGUGUCAGAUCAUAGUUAAGGUGAAACCUUGUAUGGAAUUAGUUAUUAGUGUGCUAGCGCUGGCCGCAAGCAAAGUAGGACAAUAUGAAAGGCAGGAAUUAAUGAUCCUUUUUGUGAUACUCACUCAUUUAUACAAUAAAACAUACAUUAUUAUAGCAAAUGUUUUCAAAGUCAACAUCUUUUUUAUGAUAGAAUUGUCAAAAUAGAAAUUAUUUCCCAAGACAAGCAAAACUAUGCAUUUUUGUCAGAAUCAGAAAUAAAGUUUAUAGAUGAUUUUAGAAAAAGCAACUUCUAAUUGCUUAGUGGGCUUGAUUAUCUUAUAAACAUUUUGUAUACACUGGGCACAAACUAUAGAUAUUUUAUAAUUAUUCAUACGUACAUGUAUGUAAGAUUAUGGGAGUGUUUAUUCUGUGUACCUGUAUAUAUAUAUAUGUAGAUCUGUAAAUCCUUUGAACAGUCCUCUAACUACGCAAGUAAGCUCAUCAUAAAUUUGAAUUGUAUUUAGUUUAAUUGAAAUAAUUUUUAUUCGCAAAAUUGAAUGGGAUUGGGCAGCAAGCUCAGCCUAUUUUAGCCCUCUUCUUGAAUUUGAAUUUUAUUUAUUGGGUGCUUUUUUUUAAUUUUCCUGAUAUAAAGGUUUUUGUCUCUGUUUAGUGAGGUUUUGGAAAAUUAAGCCUUAUGAGUUACAAAAAGAUAAUAUUUUGGGGAUUGCACAUUAAAUAUUCUUGAUUUGUAAUUAAAUUAAAAGUUUUCAAUACAUUGUAAAGGUUAUUUUAAUAAAAUUAUUUCACUACACUUUUUUUU